AUGAAAAAAUCCGAGACAAUCAAGGAGUAUUCUGAUAGACUGUUUGGCAUUGUCAACAACAUAAAACUCCUUGGCUCUGAUUUCUCUAAUUCUAGGAUUGUGCAAAAACUCCUUGUCACAAUUCCUGAAAGAUUUGAGACUACAAUCUCAUCUUUGGAAAACAUGAAAGACCCGUCAACCAUCAUCUUAGCAGAAUUGUUGAAUGCUUUGCAGGCGCAGGAACAAAGGAGACGCAUGAGACAAGGAGGAACAAUAGAGGGUGCUCUUCAAGCCAAAUCACAAAGCUACAAUGGUGGCAAGAGCAAGAAAAAGAUGUAG